GCGGGGGGACGCAGCUGGACCGGUUUCUUCUCCCGCGCGCGGAGGUGAGCGAGGCUAAAGAACACACAAGCCACCAUGUGGGGAACCCUACAAUCCAUUUUAGGAGGUGUAAACAAACACUCAACCAGCAUUGGGAAGAUAUGGCUCACUGUCCUCUUCAUUUUCCGUGUUAUGAUCCUUGUGGUGGCUGCUGAAAAUGUCUGGGGAGACGAACAGUCAGAUUUCACUUGUAACACUCUACAACCUGGGUGCAAAAAUACCUGCUAUGAUGAUUAUUUCCCAGUUUCUCAUAUUAGACUUUGGGCUCUCCAGCUUAUCUUUGUGUCUACCCCUGCCCUUCUGGUGGCAAUGCAUGUUGCCUACAGAAGGCACGAGAAGAAGCGGAAAUACCGACACGGGGAGAAAAUUGACCUUGAAAGUCUGAAAACCCAAAAGUUCCACAUCGAAGGACCCUUAUGGUGGACAUACACCAGCAGCCUCUUCUUCCGAAUUAUCUUCGAAGCGACUUUCAUGUACAUAUUUUAUCACAUGUACGAUGGGUACCGUAUGCCUCGUGUAGUGAAAUGCAGUGAUUUUCCUUGCCCAAAUACAGUAGAUUGCUUUAUUUCUCGUCCCACUGAGAAAACUGUAUUUACUAUUUUCAUGCUGGCUGUGUCAGGCAUUUGCAUGCUCCUAAAUGUACUUGAGUUGUCUUAUUUGAUACUAAAGUCUUGCAUGAAGAAGUCUCAGCCCAAGAAACCACUGCCCAAUCAUUAGAUGUUUGUAUGUCAUGUACCUAUUUUGCAUUGCUUAAAAGCUCAUCUGUUUUUAAUUAAACUAUAGUAAAUUACA